AUGCUCCUGUCGCCCAUAGACGACCCAAAGGAGUCGCCCCAGUUCUCCUCCAUCACCUACUCGAGGUUCAGGGCCGUCCUCUUCCAAGAUCUCCUUGACUCGAACUCGACCAACCGCGCCCGUGCCCUCGACAACAUCGUCCAGAUCGUCACAGAGUGGGCACGCGUCGUCACCGACAACGGCUCCAUCGUCGACCUCUCCUCUUCACAUCCCAACCCCACUCCACCAUUCUCGCCUGCCCCAGUCGCAUGCUCGAUCCAGGCCACUCUCUUCCCCUCCACCAGUAACUCUAGUAGCAGCACUGAUCCCAAUACAACGGCAACAACAACCACGUCGUCUAUCCUCCAUGGCCAUUCCAUCAUCGGCACAGCACUGGCCAUGGAGAAACUCACCAUCUCGACCCAGCAGCAACAGCAGCAACAACACGUGUCCUCAGACGAAAACAACGACGAUGCUUCGCAGACAUAUCAGUCUCAAAGGACAAGGCAAGAAUCUACAACCAUGUCGGCUUCAUCGCCAAUUCCCAGCUCUCCUCACACCAGCAGCAGCGCGUGCCACUCGGCAUCGUCUUCAACAUCGGCAGCAGAAGCUCAGGGCACCUCCUUGAGCCAGACCAUCCUUUCGUCAUCGCCCAUCGCCUCGUCGAGCUAUCACUUCCAGAACGACCCCGACGUCCACUUCAACCGUGCGCUGCCUGACAAGCUCUCGCCUACGGAGGAGCGAGAUGCUGAGGUGGAUGAGGCUGCCAGGCUACUUCGACACCAUAUUUUGACCAUCUUGCGGUUCUCUGUCUGCUGUCCUUACAAGGAUGUCAAGAUCUGUCUUGUCGGACUCUUGAACGAGCUUGAGUCCCUCAACAUCCCGAUCCCAAAGCCGAUCCACCCCUCGGCAUCGUUCUUUAUCGAACCCAAGGACAUUUACCUCCUCGACAGCCCCGAACACUCGAGAUGUCCCUCGCCUACCCUCUCAGCAAAGGAUCGGUCUUCCUCUUCAUCCUCGCUCUCAACCCUCCCCGUCACCGUCACAGCCGCCGGAUGUCUGCCCCCCUCGGUCGGUUGUGUUCCCGAUGAGGCAACAAAGCAGAUCAUGACACAGACCUUUGCCAACUACGGUCGGACCAGCAAUCUCUUCCGCAUCAUGGCGUUCUUCCCUACCUUCUGGGAGAAGUUUGAAAGCUCUCAGACCUGUAUGAUGAAUGGACCAGGACCUAUUCCCAAGCCUUGGCGAUGCUAUGUCGCUAUCAUGGCGGCGUCUCAAUACAAUUGCCAGUACAUGGUCUCGAUGAUGAAGCUGGACUACCUAACCAGCGGUGGCGACCCGACCUGGCUCAAUGGACUGCAGUACACCACCCAAAAGAUCCGGAACCUCGCCAAGCUCAACGGACUGAUGGCGCACCAGCCCUGGAGGCUCAAGCCCCGACACAUUCAGGAGCUCGUCUGCCGUGAAACCAACCAUAACCCACACAACGUCUGGACCGUCAGUGAGCUGGCUCAAGUGAUGGUCAUCCUCUCGACAGUCCACAGCAUCAGCAUGUUUGUCGCCGCCUGUGGAAUUGUCCCUGAGAUUGACAUGGUUGGCGGAACCUUUGUCGACUUCAACAGGCUGCAGGCCAGGAAAGCCCAGGAGGAGGCCAUGAUGAGCCCUCUGACUAUGCUGCCCUCUCCUCGCUCAGACCAGGAUGCGUGCACCAAUACAUCUCAAGCCGGAGAUGCCUCAUCCGAUGAUUCGCCAUCCUCCCCUGAAGACGACCCAACGCGAUCGCCCUUCCAUUUCCACAUCACCCUGCCUCCAAUCCCUCUGUCCAGGAAGACCUACGAUGAGGCUACUUCGAAGCUCCACACCGCAGAGUUGAUCAAGCGACUCUUGUUGGAGAGGGAGACUUGCUGCACUGAAGGCGAAGAGUGCGACUCAGAGUCUCUUCUGGACGAGGAUCCAACUGGACAGAAUCUUCCUCCUGGCUUUGAGGAGAUUGAGGACACGUUCCCCGCACCUGAGCCAAGGAUCAUAUCCCCACCAUUGUCAACGUCCCUGUCCGAGGCCAUGUCGACUCAGGACCAACAACAGUUGCAGGAGAGGACGAUUCGACCAGUCCAGGAGGACAUGAGCCGUUUCCUUGACAUGACGUGCCAAAUCGAGCCAGCACUGUUUGACUGCCGAUCCAGCCAGUACAGGGUCUUCAGGGUGGACGAGUUCCGCUGGGAGGAUGAUGCGUCAACUGUGCUGUCGAGAUGUCUCCCAGAGUUGAGCGAGACCUUGGAGGACGAGUUUACAGUGACUCUCAACUUUACGGAUCUCAGCUUCUUUGACGAGAACGAGGACAAGCAUGACGGUGGCGUUGAUACGUUCGCGUUCCGCGAAGCGAUCUGGUUUUAUACCCUGCGGCUGUUUGGUCUUCUUCAUCAAGAAUACAACUACCGAAACCUGUCCAGAUUCAUGAAUACGACGUUGGCGGCGUAUAUCCGCAAGGCUUGCCAUGGCAUCACGAUGGCGGGAGUGCCUGGGUCUCCUGAUGGUUCGGAGGGUCUUCAGUUCUAUCUCUCGGACAGCAACAAGGUCGAUAAGAACGACUUUGACAACAUGGGCUUCGAGCUCCGUCCGGAGGAGCGCUGCCACGUCAACAUCAUUAUGAUGGAGGCCACCAAGCAAGCUAAGCUGAUGUACGCGCUGCGCGCUGUCGACCGAUGGGAGCGCAAGGGUGAUGGCGAUGACGAGGAAGAGGAUGAAGGCGUAGACGACCGGUUCUAA